CUGUCUGACCCCAGUGCAGCUGUUAACAAGCGUAGGAUCGGAAUCUUAAUUCUGUCAAGUGUCAACGCUGCGUUUCCUGCCCUCAUUUCUGACUAAAUACUCAGCUAGCUAGCUAGCUUGACUUCAGGUCCAUCUGCGUUAGUUUCCCGACCCCGAAGGUGUUUUAUCGUUUGGUUCGUUACUUUGAUCGGGCGCCAAGGGAUGGCGUUUUUGGAGAAACAGUCCCCGGGAAGGGUGCUGUUGGAUGACACGGUGGCCCUUACAGCACUGAUCGAGGCUAGCCAAAAUCUACAAUCUCACACGGAAUACAUAAUCCGUGUACAGAGGGGUGUUUCUACAGAAAACAGUUGGCAGGUCAUAAAGCGAUACAGCGACUUUGAUAUGCUGAAUAGCAGUUUGUUGGUCUCUGGCGUCAGCCUGCCUCUACCACCUAAGAAGUUGCUAGGUAACAUGGACAGGGAGUUCAUAGCAGAGAGACAGAGAGGACUACAGGUCUACCUAGACUUUAUUACCCAGCAUCACAUCCUAGCCACCUGUCAACUGGUCAAGAAGUUUCUGGACACCAACAAUUACUCUGCCAACUAUACAGAAAUCGCCUUACAGCAGGUGUCCAUGUUCUUCAGGUCGGAUCCGAAGUGGGAGGUGGUGGAGCCUUUGAAAGACAUUGGGUGGAGGAUACGGAAGAAAUAUUUCUUAAUCAAAAACAAAGAACAACCCAAGGAACGUCAAGUGUUGAGUUGGGUUGACUUGGGUCCAGAUAAAUUCCUGUCAGACAAAGAUCUUCAGUCGACCAUGAAGCUCCUACCCAGCCUCACUAAUCCGUACAUCUGCCCGGUGACGUUCGCCAACACCAGUGAGUUGUCUGCUCUGGUCAUCAGGAUGUUUAACGAAAAGGGAACUCUGAGGGAUCUCAUAUGUAAGGUAAGGCACUCUGAGGGAUCUCGUAUGUAAGGUAAGGCACUCUGAGGGAUCUCGUAUGUAAGGUAAGGCACUCUGAGGGAUCUCGUAUGUAAGGUAAGGCACUCUGAGGGAUCUCGUAUGUAAGGUAAGGCACUCUGAGGGAUCUCGUAUGUAAGGUAAGGCACUCUGAGGGAUCUCGUAUGUAAGGUAAGGCACUCUGAGGGAUCUCGUAUGUAAGGUAAGGCACUCUGAGGGAUCUCGUAUGUAAGGUAAGGCACUCUGAGGGAUCUCGUAUGUAAGGUAAGGCACUCUGAGGGAUCUCGUAUGUAAGGUAAGGCACUCUGAGGGAUCUCGUAUGUAAGGUAAGGCACUCUGAGGGAUCUCGUAUGUAAGGUAAGGCACU